GCCGCGCCGCGCAGGGCCCCGGCCCCGGCCCGCCCCGCCGCGCCCCGCCGCUCCGCGCCCGCCCCGGGCCGCCCAUAAAAGGGGCCCCCCGCGGCCGCCCGCCCCCGCCCGCCCUCCCGCCGCUGCCCGCCGGGCGCCCCGGCCAUGGCCAAGGACCAGCUGAAGCCGCGGUUGUGCCGCAUGUUGAAGGGGGAGAGCGGUUACGGCUUCCACCUGCACGGCGAGAAGGGCAAGAGCGGGCAGUUCAUCCGCAAAGUGGAGCCCGGCUCGCCGGCCGAGGCGGCGGGGCUGCGCGCCGGGGACCGCGUCGUCGAGGUGAACGGGCUCAACGUGGAGCAGGAGACGCACCACCAGGUUGUGCAGCGCAUCAAAGCUGUGGAGACAGAGACGCGCUUGCUCGUGGUAGACAAGGAGACGGACGAGUACCUGUGCAGCCUGCGCCUGACGUGCACGGAGGAGAUGGUGCACAGCGGGAUCCUGCUGAACUCCAGCAUCUCGCCCACCAAGUCAGUGGGCAGCGACAACGGGGAGGUCUGGAAGCCACAGCUGGAUCUGAGCGGGGGCAGCCUCCAGCGGCACUCACACAGCUUCUCCUCGCACGGCAGCAGGAAGGAUUUAAAUGGACAGAAGGAGCUGUGCCCACGUCUCUGCCACCUGAAGAAAGGCCCCAAUGGCUACGGCUUCAACCUGCACAGCGAGAAGUCCCGGCCGGGGCAGUUCAUCCGCUCGGUCGACCCCGACUCACCGGCCUCCAGAGCGGGGCUGCGGCCCCAGGACCGGCUGGUGGAGGUGAACGGCAUAAACGUGGAAGGCCUGCGGCACUCGGAGGUGGUGUCCCACAUUAAGUCCAGGGAGAACGAAGCCAGGCUCCUGGUGGUGGACCCUGAAACAGAUGAUUACUUCAAGAAGCUGGGGGUGACCCCCACGGAGGAGCACACCAAAGGUGUGGUACCCCAGCCCAUGACAAACGGAUCCGCACAGACUCAGCUGAACGGAGGAUCCACAUCUUCAUCUCACAGUGACCUUCAGAGUCCUGGGAAGGAAUCAGAGGAUGGAGACGCGGAGAAGAAGGACCCGUUUGAGGAGAGCGGGCUGACCCUGAGCCCAACGGCGGCCGAGGCCAAGGAGAAGGUGCGGGCCAAGCGGGUGAAGAAGAGAGCUCCGCAGAUGGACUGGAACAAGAAGCGAGAGAUUUUCAGCAAUUUCUGAGCCUUGCUGGUGGCUGCCGGCUGCCGCUCUCCUGCCCCUGCCCCAGCUCGGACGUUUCUGAGGUGCCUACGCCCUGUCCUUCAGUGUCCAUGUGAGAUGCUUUGUGCUCUGCUCUUCACUGGUUGCUUUUACAAGGCGUAUUUUAAAGUCCUUUUUUUUUUAUUUUUUAUUAUUAUUAUUAUUGUUGUUGUUGUUACUCACCAGCGAUUCUCAUAAGACAAAUGUGACCAAAGCUCCUUUUCUUGCUUGCUCUUCAGCCCGGCUCUGGCUGCCCGCCAUCCCCCGUUCCUAUGAGAAAGGACUGGAAGAGUUUAACUCCUGUUUCUUACCUGCACCAUUUAGGCUUCUGUUACUUUUUUUUUUUAAAUUUGGGGUGUUUGUUUUGGUUUUGCGGGUGUCCCAGACUGAGCCCCGUGGGAUGCUCUGUGCCCCUCUGCAAACGUCUUACGGCCUCGUGCCCCUGCCGUGGUGGGGGCCCUUGGGGUGGGGUGUACCUGGCACCCCCUCCCCAGCACCCCGUCUGCAGUAUUAAAUACUCACACGAUGGGAAAACGGACAGUGGCUGUAAAUGGCUCUUCUUGGCUUUGCUUUUGCAAUGAAAACGUUUGUUUUGUUUUUAGGUUUUUUUUUAAAUGAAGUCCCACAUGUUUCCAGUUAGUUUAGGAUCCUCCCUCCCCACCAGUGACUUCUGCCCUGGCAAUAAAAGCCCCUUUUUCAUCCCCGACAGCUCUGCAGAGGGGAGAGGGCAGGAUUUAAAAACAAAACCCAAACCCAGCAGCCCAAAUGCCGCAGGCGUCACCGUUUGCGGUCGUCGGUGCAGCGCUGAGCGGCGGGGGAAGGCAGGGAGCGGGGCCAGUCCUGCCCCGCGGCGCGAGGAGCAGCCUUGCGAGACGAGAAGAGCCACGAGAUGCUACAAAAACUCUUUGGACUGACUUGAAAGCGAUCACGACCCCGCAUCUGUUUCCAGGGAGGAACGCGGGGCUCCGGUUCCAGCUGCGGGCUGGGCGCUGGGCAAGCGGGGCUCAGCUGCGGCUGUGCCUGGGUCCCGCGUCCGGGGUCCCGCGUCCUGGGUCCCGCGUCCUGGGUCCCGCCUGGUUUGUUACUUCUGGGCUGGUAUUCGAUGCCUCCAGCCCAUGAGCAGAACCGAGUCCCUGUCUCGCCACCGGGAGUCCUGCAAAGCCCUGGGGUCUCCGCGGGGCUGGCAAUGAAGAAGGCAGCGGUUUGAUGGAGCGGGCAGUUGCUUUGGCUUUCUGUGGCCUCCUUUGAAAACACCCUGCUUUUGGUGUUAAAGCCUCAAAAACGUAUCUUUAAAGCAUUACAGAUUAAGCCCAUUUAAGCUCUUUAUUACUUGCCUUUGGCCGUAAAGGAGGGAAGGUGACUAAGGUGAACUACAGCUCUCUCAGGUUGCAGGCAGAGGUGUUUCACCAGGGCAGGGUCCCGGCCGUGAGCUGGCCCCCUCCCUCCCACGCUCCCGCACCUCCCCAGGCCCAGCCACGGCGGCUGCCCGGUAUUUCAGCCCAAAUGCCGCGGCAGUGCUGGGAAGGGGCUGGGUACAGCAGGACAGUCGAGUACAGACCCACUUUUCCCAGCUAAAAGCCAACGGCAGCGCUCACGUGGCCGUCGACGACCACUUUACAGCAGGCGGCUGUGGGUUUGCCCUGCGUUACUCCAGUGCUGCUGUGUUACAGACCCGUGGCCUUUGGGCUAGUCAGCGCACUAUGGCUAUCGUAAUGGCCCAAAGGAUUGAGAUAAAGGUGCCUUAUAACAUUUACUGCUGUCCUGGCAGCGGGCUGGGGCUCGGCACAGCGGCGGGGCGGGGGGCAGGAGCGGGGCCAGGACAUCGGGCUUUACCCUGGGGGAGCAGCUGAUGGCUGUUAGCUGGCUGGCAGGAGAGCACGGAAAGCCUCAGGGGUGAAGGAGAUGCAAUCUCUUUUACAAAAGUUAUUGUUUAGGAAUGGUGAUGAGCUGAACAGGUUGAAAAUAAUGCCUUUGAAGAGGAUCUGGUGCAGGUGUUUGGCUAUCAGUGAGGAGACUGGCAGCGGGAUGACGGCUUGGGACGCGGAGGGGUUUGCCUCGGCCAUUAACAUGACACCUCUUCCCUACCCCACUUCAAAGACAAUUACCUGCUCUCUUUUUUUUGGCCCCCCCCCCCAAAAAUAUUUGCCUCUCUAAAUCAGUCAUCUUUUGAAGGAGCCCUUCUUUUUUCAUGGUAUGCACGUUGCUGCCCGUGCCUGCACAGCCAAACCCCCGGCAGCACCCCGGGCUGCGUGGGGCAGAGCGUGCCCAUGCGACACCGAGCUAAAAGGCGCAUCUGCCGAUGCAUGGCAGAGGGCAAAGACCUGUUUGUAAAUACCGCCUUUCUCAUACAAGACUGGCCCACGGUAGUUGCAGGGGGGAGGAAAAAAAGGCCAUGUAGGUUUGAAUGCAGAUCAAAAGAAAUCAGGUGUGCAAAGCUGUACUGGUAAGAUUUGAAAAAUCUUAAUCUCUGCUUAGUCCAUGGAAACUGCUCCUGGUUAAAGCACUUAUAUUUCUGACAUCUUGUAGUUCAGUAGUAAUUAUUCAGUUCCUGUACAUUUAACUUGGAAAAAAAAAUAUCAAUAAAGUCUAAGGCUGUCAGCUGCAUUGUAAAAACAUAAUGUACACUGUAAUGUCAGUAAUAAACUUCAUUUUCCCAUGUA